CGCACUUACUCUGCGGCGGGCCCCUACACCGCCAGAGCCGGCAAGCUGGUGGCUGUCGUUGCUGCGCGUCCUUGUCUUCCCGCGUCACCGCUGCCGCCAUGCCCGGAGGUCUCCUUCUCGGGGACGAGGCUCCCAACUUCGAGGCCAAUACUACCGUCGGCCGCAUCCGUUUCCACGACUAUCUAGGAGACUCAUGGGGCAUUCUCUUCUCCCACCCUCGGGAUUUUACCCCCGUGUGCACCACGGAGCUUGGCAGAGCUGCAAAGCUGGCACCAGAAUUUGCCAAGAAGAAUGUUAAGAUGAUUGCCCUUUCGGUGGACAGUGUUGAAGACCAUCUUGCCUGGAGCAAGGAUAUCAAUGCUUAUAACGGUCAGGAGCCCACAGAAACAUUACCUUUCCCUAUCAUUGAUGAUAAGAAUCGGGACCUUGCCAUCCAGUUAGGCAUGCUGGACCCGGCAGAGAAGGACGAAAAGGGCAUGCCUGUGACAGCGCGUGUGGUGUUUGUUUUUGGUCCUGAUAAGAAACUGAAGCUGUCUAUCCUCUAUCCAGCGACCACUGGCAGGAACUUUGAUGAGAUUCUCAGAGUAAUUACCUCUCUCCAGCUAACGGCAGAAAAGAGGGUCGCCACCCCGGUUGAUUGGAAGGAUGGAGAUAGCGUGAUGGUUCUUCCAACCAUCCCUGAAGAUGAAGCCAAAAAACUCUUCCCUAAAGGAGUCUUCACCAAAGAGCUCCCAUCGGGCAAGAAGUACCUCCGCUACACACCCCAGCCCUAGUCUCUCCGAGGAGCUGGUGCUGGAGCUGUUGGCCGAGCUCAGUGAGCCGGACAAUGCCGGCUGCCAGUCCUGUUCUGCAGCUGUUCCAUAGAAACAUCCUGGUGUGAUCGCAGCCAAGGUCUUUAGGUUGCUCUGCUACUGGCUUAUUAAAUGAAAAUGGCACUAAAAA